AUGGAUCUUGAAUUGGAUUCUUUUGAAGAUACGGCUUGGUUAGGUAAUAUCGAGAAUCCCGAUACGGAAGCACAGGAAUAUCAUUAUUCUCUUUCUCAACUGGUCAAAGACAAGGAAAAUAAGGAAAUGAAAGAUAAAGAAAUUGCUGCCGAACGGAAAAAAAUUGAGCAAUCUGAAUACGAAAAUAAAACUCAGGAGACAACAAUUACACGUGAAGAGGCAAUCGAAGAUGCAUUCCAAAAUAAAAAGGAUGGCAAAAAUAUGUGCGAUGCCUUAAUAUCGGUCGUUGAAAGCACUGAUACCACUUCGAUUCCUGAAAUUAAUCCGGGUGUUUCGCUUUUCACGGGGACUUAUACUGUCCCAGAUACACAAGCAGCUACUCUCCCUGAAACUGUGUCUGAUGAAACGAGUCAAUUUUUGCAUAAACUAUCUGUGGAUAUCCCGCAAGGUAUAUCAGCUAUUCUGCAACAUGUCAUUCGGCGUAGAUGUUUAUCGGAUAUGUUAUAUACUGAUCUCCUACCCACUUGUGUAAGAUUGGCCUUAAACGACAGGGCUGAACUAGACAAGAUUAUGUCUUUAUUGGAUUUAGAGACUGAUAUUCAAGAAAUGUAUCAUAGACAUCGUUGCAGGUCAAAGGCUAAUUUGCCAAUUCAACGCGAUACUUCCGUUAAACCUAAUGGAAACUGCUUGAAAGAGUGCCCAAACGAGUACAAUGUAUUGGAAAAAAAAGUUCUACUAGUAAUACUUUGUAGCACUGCUUUGGAUAACAACUACCGAAGUCUGGAAAAAGAUAUUGCAGUUUGUUGUCACAAUAUAAUGAACAGCUUUGAAGAUUCAGUUUGGAAAUUACAGGCCGUCAAUAUCGCUUCUUGCAUCAGCAGUAUUGCCGCUCAUAUGUACGAUUGUUAUUAUUUAACUACAAUUGAUACGUGUUGUGAGCGAGGACGAUCCAUCGUCAGUUAUAUAAGUUGUACUAUGAUGAGAAAACUAAUGAAAGAGAAUGGUAAUAACUACAACUUCCAUUAUGAUGUUUUCAGUGAAGUACAGGUUUCUGAAUUAUUGAACAUUGUUAACAGUUGGCAAAAACCGGAUGAAAAGUCUGAUUAUUAUAUAUUGUACAUGUUUAUUCUAUUCUUUCGAAAUAUGAUUGUGCUACAACUAUCACCAUUUGAGAAUAGCAGUAGAAAGGCAAUUGCCAGCAUAGCUGAUAAACUUCGAUGGCUAUUUGACAGUAUUAAAGAAAGUGGUCAAGACUUAAAAAGAUCUCAGGUGAAAAAUUUAAUUUUAAAUGUUAUUUUUAAUCUGGAAGCGGAACUACAAGCAGAUUCACGUUCUAAUCAGCGAUCCAUCGUCGAAUACCUUGAUUAUAGUACAGAAGAUAUUCUUACCCGACACUAG